CAUGGGUCGCUUCCUCUCCCUUCUCUCACAAAACUCUGCUCCAUAAAAGCACAAGCAACAACACCCUAUGCAUCUUCAUUUUCAUCUUCCUUCUCUUCCUCUUUCAUCGGCGCCACCAACCAAAUCGGAAAAAACUCCGAUCGCCGAUUCCCCCGGAAAAGCUCAACUGUGUUCACCAGCAAACUAAAGGGGGUUGUGAUUGAUGAUGGCGAAGAAGAGAAAAUCUAUCGCCACAAGCCUCGAUGAGGUGGAUCGAACCAUGUACGCGUCGUUUUGCACUGCCGCUAAUUCUCUUUCACAGCUUUAUACUCACGCCAUGAAUCACCAGAAGCUCUCUUUCCAUGCCGGCGAACGCCACGCCCUCGAAAAACUUUAUCAGUGGAUUUGGAGAGAACAAGAAGGAGGAUCAAGGGUUGCAACAAUUGAUGUACUUAACUACAUUCAGAAUGAGCUGGAUUAUUGUGGAGAAGAGCCAUCCAUGUCACCUAGAGCACCACCACAACACCAGCAAUCACAACCCGUAAUGCCGGUCACCAGUUCAGGCAUUCCAGUCACUUCAGGAUCUUCUGGCCAAACAAUUGCCGGGCAGGGACUCCGCUCGGAGCAUUAUGAAACUCAACCAAAGAAUUCUGUGUUUUCAAACGCUUUGUCAAGCCCUGUGCGUCGAAGUCUUCAACAUUAUCAAAUUGGUGAGGGAGGGUACUACACCAGUGGUCUCUCCAUGGGGAAUGGAAACCGGAACGCUGAGCCCGGCUUUCUUCACCAGCAAAGCAGGGAUUCAACUGCAGUCAGUUCCAAUGAUUCUGCCAUGGAUAUGCAUGCAGAUUAGUCUUGUCUACUGGUUUAUAGAUUGGAAAUUCUUAACUGACCACCCUUCUGCAACACCUACAAAAGAAGCCAACAACCAUUGGAAUUUUCCAUGUCUGGGUUUGCUCAUUGGAUCCUUCAUGAAAUGAUGGGAGGGUGCAGCCAAUUCUAUUAACCUUUUAGGAUGCUUAUGUCAACCAAAUGAGAUUGGUUUGGGGUCUUAAAUGUUCUUUGUAUAGUUUAUUUUUAUUUUAAAAAAAAUUGGUUAGCUUUUAAGCAAUUUAUUUUGUACUUUAACUGUUCUAUCCCCUUCACCAAAAAGACUACCUUUUCAAUGUAGGGGUUGCUUCUAUGUGAAUUUUCCUAUGUAAAUCUGUUUUUUCUGCAGAUUUUCUGUAUGGAAAUUUACAGCUUCCAUCAUUUUUGUUGCUGCCUGCUAUGUCUUUCUUUGCUUUUUCGUGUUUUGUUGUAGUGUAUUCAAAUUUCUUUG